AUGAGACGAUUUUCUAGCCACCGAAGGUCUCGAGCUCCUUCGAGUAAAGAACCGUCUUCCCCUCCACCACAGACCACUGUUAACUAUUCCCUUUCUCGUACCACAUCUUCUACUCCACAUCCACGUAGUUCACAGGAAGUUCCCCGUAGGCCGAAUACCUCUGCGAGCCAAUUCUCAUCUACUUCAUACAGCGGUAGUCUCUCUGCAACAAACCUUUCCCAUCCAUCAAGGCAACGCCGUCGUACCAGCACGGCGUCAGGCCGUAAAUCCCGGUCAACCUCAUCUGUGUGGGGUUCAGAACCUCACGAAAUCGUCUGUGCAGUCACCGAGGCCCGAGGCGUAUCUCCAACUGUUGGCCUUGCCUUCAUUAAUAUUACCACAAACGAGGCUAUCCUAAGCCAGAUAUGUGACUCGCAGUUCUAUGUUAAGACUAUUCAUAAAAUUCAGAUACAUGAGCCAUCUACAAUAUUAAUCGUCAAUACAGCUUUUCCGCCUAACCCCAAAUCUAGCCUUCUCGCCAUCAUCGAGGAAGAACUUCCAGAUGCCUCAGUCGAGCCACUGGAUCGCAAGUACUGGUCUGAGAAUGCCGGCCUUGAAUUUAUUCAGACACUGGCAUUUAGACAAGAUUUGGAAGCUAUCAAAGUGGCUAUCGAGGGCAACUUUUACGCAACUUGUUCAUUUGCUGCAGCAGUCAAGUAUAUCGAGCUGUCUUGUCGCGUAUCUAUCAUGUCCCAUUCGCUUCGGGUGAAAUACCAGCCUUCGGAAAAUACAAUGAUGAUCGACAUUUCUACUAUUCAUUCCCUUGAACUUAUACAGAACCUCCAGGACGCAAAGUCGAAGGAUUGCCUUUUCGGGCUCUUAAACGAGACCCUUACCCCUAUGGGUUCGAGAAUGUUACGAAGCAACAUACUUCAGCCCUCCUGUCAGAUCGAUAACACGCUUAUUCCUCGCUACGAUGCAUUAGAUGAGCUCACAGUGAAAGAAGAUAUGUUCUUUGAAAUACGGAAAGCCCUUAAAGGAUUUGUAGACGUGGAGAAACUACUGACUAUGCUUGUGUUUGUGCCUAAUCAAUCGUCAAUUCACGCUUCAGAGCAGGCUAUCAAUAAUAUUCUUGGAAUCAAAGCCUUCAUCACAGCCGUUCCUUCUAUAUAUGAGGCACUAGGAGCAGCACGUACGGAUCUACUAACUAGAAUACGCGAAAUCUGUCGCCUUGAGCUAAUUCGACCUGCUAUGGAUCUCAUUGCAGCUACCAUUAAUGAGGAUGCGGUAGCGACAAAGUCACCUCUUGAUAUGAGGAAUCAGAGAACAUAUGCUGUUAAAUCUGGAGUGCAUGGACUAUUGGAUGUUGCUCGUCAAACAUACAAAGAGGCGACAGUCGAUGUCCACCAGCACGUUGAAAACAUCAACAGGGAACACGACAUCACAGCGGAAUUGAAGUUUGACGCCAACCGGAAGUAUUGGUUACAGCUUAGGCAAAGCGAUUUUGAAGAUCGAACAAUUCCAGAAGUUCUCAUAAACAGGGUUCGCAAGGGAGCUUGGAUUCAAUGCCAAACUCUCAUCUUAAUCCAGUUCAACCAUCGUAUCACAGAUUCACAUAACGAAGCAAUUAUGCUUAGCGACAAGGUUAUUCAGGAGCUUCUAGAAGCUAUCCGAGGACAUAUACCAAAUCUCUUUCGUGUCUGCGAAAGUAUUGCUCUAUUGGAUAUGAUUGCAGCAUUUGGCCAAUCUGCUACUACUCGAGACUAUGUCAGGCCUGAAAUUGGUAGUGCAUUGGCCCUCAAAGGAGCAAGACAUCCCAUUUGCGAGCGGGUGAAUCCAGAACGAUUUGUACCCAAUGAUGUCUUCGCAAACGAACAACACCGCUUUCAAAUAAUCACCGGCUGCAACAUGAGCGGCAAGAGCACUUAUAUCAGAAUGAUCGCUCUACUGCAAGUGAUGGCUCAAGUGGGCUGCUUUGUGCCUGCCCAGUAUGCAGCUUUUACGGUGAUCCAACAACUUUUCGUACGGAUGUCCACAGAUGAUAGUAUUGAAGCUAAUAUGUCAACAUUCUCACUUGAAAUGCGAGAAAUGGCAUUUAUAUUAAGGAAUAUCAAUGGAAAAAGCCUCGCAAUUAUCGAUGAGCUUGGGCGCGGAACUAGCACAAGGGAUGGGCUUGCGAUAGCAUUGGCUAUAUCCGAGGCAUUGAUUCAAAGCAAUUCUCUCAUAUGGUUCUCGACUCACUUUCAACAGCUUACGAAAGUAUUGGGGAAUAGACUAGGAGUCUUGAAUCUGCAUCUUGCUACCGAAAUCUACGAGACGGACGGCGGCAAUCCGAAAAUGACCAUGCUAUAUAAAAUCACUUCGGGACAGGUCCAAGAAGAGCAUUAUGGUUUGAAUCUUGCACGUGCGAUCGGGUUCCCAGAAAGAUUCAUUGGAAUUGCUGAGGAUGUCUCGAAGACGCUUGCAGAGAGUAUCGAAAGAAAGAAGCAAAACUCACAGUCACGAAAGCUGCUUCAGCGUCGAAAGUUGAUCUUGAAUUUACACGAUACACUUCUUCAACUGCAAGAGUCAGAUAUGGAUGACGCCGCACUUGGGAGUUAUCUUAAGCGACUUCAAACAGAAUUCGUCUCAAGGAUGGACGAAAUCGAGCGCACUGUAGCAACAGAUAAAAAGGAAUCUUGCAACACGAUUGAGAUAUUAGAUGAAAGUAAUUGA